AUGGGUCCGCUCUCCACAAUUGGCAUGGAUCUCACUCCAGAGGGCGCUACCCAUGCGCGGGCUUCUAUCAAGGAGGCCUCUUUCAAGGUGAUCGAUCUAUCGUCGUCCCCAGAGGAAUCAGAGAUUGGCGAGGCGCUGGCCGGAGUUCCACGUGUUAACGGCGUCAACGGGGUUGAUGGCUCGGAGGACGAGUCAGGUGAUGCCAACAGCGACUCUGGCACUGGCGGCGACGACGACGAAAAUGAGGAAUGGGAGAUUGAGUCGAUCUUUGAAGACACGCUGGGUGAGAUGGACGAUCAACAGCUCUUUGAAAGUGGUCCCGAGGUCUGCACUUACGCGGAAGCAGUCGCGUUUCGAAGACAACUACGCGAUUUGGGGCCUGAGGAGUUCUGCAAAAGAACCGUAGAGGCUGGUACUAUUACCGCAAAGAAGCUGCUCACUGCCUUUAAUAUUCGUCCACCAGCUUUCUUAGAUGAUUCGCCAGACGACGCCUACUAUGGACUUCUCAGUCUUGGCAUAAGCCGAGAGCUAUCCAAGCGGAUCAAGAUUCCACUGUACAACACCAUCGAUGAUGCCGUGGAGCUCAUCAAAAAGUCGCGCAAUAUCAUCGUUCUCACCGGCGCUGGCAUUUCCACCUCCCUUGGCAUCCCAGAUUUCAGAUCCAAGGAUACCGGUCUUUACUCCAAGCUACAGCAUCUUGGCCUCAGUGAUCCUCAAGAAGUAUUUGACAUACAUGUUUUCCGAGAGGACCCUAACUACUUCUACACUGUUGCUCGCGACAUUCUCCCUUCGGGCGAUCGCUUCACCCCUACUCACGCUUUCAUCCAUCUCCUACAGCAAAAAGGGAAGCUGCUCACCAACUACUCUCAGAACAUCGACAAUAUCGAGGCAACUGUCGGUAUCCUUCCAGAGAAGCUCAUCCAAUGCCACGGUUCCUUCGCCACUGCUUCAUGUAUUGAGUGCAAGCACCAGGUGCCAGGAGAGAAGAUCUUCCCUGACAUUAGAGCGGGCCGUAUACCUCGAUGCGAUCGGUGUAUUGAAAACCUACGUAAGCUCCGAGCACCGGCUGCUAUGAAGCGCAAGCGGUCUGCAAAUGGUCAGGACAAGAAACGCCGCCGUCGAGAUGUAGAUUCAGAUUCAUCUGAGGAAGAGGACUAUGACAUCCCUGCUGUGGGAGUUAUGAAGCCAGAUAUCACCUUCUUUGGCGAGCCGCUUCCUGACCGCUUCUCAGACCGCCUCACAAAUCAUGACAAGGACAAAGUGGACCUCGUCAUUGUUAUUGGCACCUCUUUGAAGGUUGCGCCUGUCUCAGAAGUUGUACCAUACCUUCCGUCCAACAUCCCGCAAAUGUACAUCUCGCGUACACCAGUCUCACACGUCAACUUUGAUGUCGACAUGCUUGGAGAUUGCGAUGUGGUAGUUGCAGAGCUCUGCCGCCGCGCUGGAUGGGAUCUGCAACACCCUAUGAUUCCUGAGGAUCAGAAAGUGGAGGUCACGCUACAAGAAGGAUUUCCCAGCCGUCAUGUUUUCACGAUCAAGGAGUAA